CUGUAUUGUAGAAUGAAAGGUUUAACAUAAGGCGAAAAUUUUCACGUUCAAUCCGCGCGAUAAUACGUCAGAAUGAACUUGUCGAGCGUGUGUCAAAUCGGAGUCGAUAGUAACGAUGUAUGCGUGGGAGACAAGAUCAAGGCGAUAAAGAAAGACGAUGCCGCGAAGCGAUAAAUGUCGCGUUGACCAUCGAUCAGUCGGGUUCACACAGUGCGAACGUAAUCAUCGUUGCAUUUCUGCGCAUAUGGCGACGCAUGUAAAUUCUGUGCGCGAGUCCCGACGGAAUCAUGUGGCUUCCGACGGUAUUUUUUGUAAAACAUACGUGGAUUAUUUCAUUUCAAAUUUUGCAAAAAUUUUCAAAAACUUUCGUUAAAAAAGUCGCUACUAGGAAGAGAACGGAGAGAACUAUUUCGGUUUUGGGAAUUUGAUGUAAUUCAGUUAACUGUGUUUAGAAGUCCGGACAAUUAACGACGUCAUGUCGGUGAAUUAAUGUCGAGCGCGCUUUUCGCGAAAUCUGUGUGAGGUGCGCACGAACAAGAAAAAAAUAUUAUAUAGAAUCACAUAAGUAUAGAGAGAGAAUUCUCGUCGUGUGAUUUAUGUGCGAUGAAUUUAUUACGCGAUGGUCAUUCUCGUCCAGAAAAAGCUAAUCCAGCAAGAAAAUUAUUAUCGACAAGCAAAGGGUGCCAUCUAUUCGAGAAAAACACGAUUUCGUGUGAUUAUUUGUCAUUAAACAUAUGAGAAAAAAAGCGAACGCAUAUGAAAUUACUUACGUAUACGUUUUUCUGGGAAUCACGGUCGCUUAUUGAUUAAGAGAAGAGAAAAAGAAGAGAUAUAUCGAUAUAAUUGUAGCGCGUGAUCGGUGGGGGAAUCGUUCAAACUUGACAAAAUUCGUCGCAAGAUAUAUAAGGUAUCCCACGACUCGCUAUCUUACUUUUAACGUCAGACUCGGGAGUUGGUUUCUUGCUAAGUAAAAGUGUUGAGUUACCUAUGUUUCUGAGUUGCAAAUCGAGAUCGAAAUAGAAAAUCAUUUCACGACCUGGGCUAUAAGAAAGAACACGAGGAUGCCCGAAACGUUAUUCAUCGCGCGAUGAGAAUGGCCUCGAGACAUCAUGCCUGCGAUGUCCUUUAACCUGAUCGCGACAACCCUCGCACGGGACAAACAGAGCGGACGUGUGCCCAAACGAGCAUAAAAGCGACGGAACGGGUUUGACGGAACCCAAAAGAAGACAAGCGGUGGCGACGAAUCGACAAGGACCCUGAGAUCAUCCUUCCCACUUUAGAUGUCCCCCACGGAACAUGCAUCUCACCUCUUAAGGCGGCCAUGCUAUUCCGCGAGAGAACGGUGGCAAGCGUUCGGUCGCCAAUAUCGUAUCUUCGAUGAACCGGAAGCAUCGGGCCGAUUCCGAGGACGACGAUGAUGAACAACACCACCGCCAGCAUUGACGCAGCGCUCCCCGGGGAACUGUGCGGCAACCUCACCGUCGGCCUCGACCUGAAACUGAGCCUGCGACCCCGCGACAACCGCAGCGAAAUCGAGUUGUAUGAAAACGUAACGUGCCUGGAGCACGCGCCCAGGUUGACCAACUCGGUCUACCUCAAGGUCAUCGUAUUAGCGGUCAUGUCGGUACUGAGUCUAGUCUGCAAUCUGGCGACCGUCUAUUCGAUCAUAAAAAACAGCCGGAAACAACGGGUGUGCUCAACGAUCUAUACGCUGCUCCUCCAUCUGACCGUGGCCGAUCUGCUCGUCACCGUCUUCUGCAUGGCCGGCGAGACGAUCUGGAGCUACAACGUCGCGUGGCUGUGGGGCAACGUCGCGUGCAAGCUCUUCAAGUUCCUGCAGAUGUUCAGCCUCUACCUGAGCACUUUCGUGUUGGUGCUGAUUGGCGUCGACCGGUUCGUCGCGGUGCGCUAUCCCAUGAAGGGGCUCAGUAUGAAUCAGAGAUGCUCGCGAUUCGUUUGCAGCGCUUGGAUAUUGUCCUUCGUGCUCGCCACUCCGCAGAUCGCGAUAUUUCACGUUGCCGAAGGACCAUUCGUCGAGGUAUUUACACAGUGUGUGACUCAUGGCUUUUACACCGAGGCUUGGCAGGAGCAACUAUAUACCAGUUUCAGCCUAUUUUUCAUGUUCCUCCUGCCAUUAACAAUUUUAAUUACCACAUACGUAUCCACGGUGAUCACAAUUUCCCGAAGUCAGAGGAUGUUCAAAGGAGAACCGGUAAGGAAUGGCAUAUAUACUAGAAGCAGUGACCUGAAUAGGAGAAGACUGAUGCACCGAGCGAAGACGAAGUCAUUGCGUAUCAGCGUCGUCAUCGUUGCGGCCUUUCUGAUCUGGUGGACGCCGUACUAUACGAUGAUGAUUAUCUUCAUGUUUCUCAAUCCCGAUAAACACUUCAGCGAAGAGUUGCGGAGCGGGAUAUUUUUCUUCGGCAUGAGCAACAGCUUGGUAAAUCCCCUGAUAUAUGGCGCGUUUCACCUUUGGCCGCAGAAACAACGAAAGAGUUCUUAUCACAGGUCCGAACAGAUAACGAUGCAGCAGCGGAACAACACAAGGAAGUCACGCGAUACGCCUCUCCUUUCGCACCAGGAUAGUGGAAGUAAAGUGAACGCGCAGCAACGCCAGACAUAACAUUUUCCCGUGAACUGAAUUGCAUCGUCACCUUCUGCGAAAAAAGUGUACAGCGAGGAACGAGCGCGUAGACAGUAUGAUGUAUUAGACAAAAUGAAGAACAUAAAUAAGCAUCAUUCUGCCACGCCUUUCGUAUCGAAUAUCGUUAAUAAACGACUUCUACGAGUAAGGAUCGCUAUCCGCGAUCUUAAAUACCGAAAGAAACAAAUUUACUCUCCUAAUAAAAAAAAAUAGUGGAAAAGGUGGUAUUACGGCCUCCAUUUACGUUUUAUACAACAACUUUGUUAAUAAUCAAUAUUUUAAA